GGUCACGUUCUCUUGGACUCGCCGCACCCCUGUCUCCGCCCCAUCGCGGACGGCGCUCCAGCCUCCGCUUCCGCUCUCGCCCGUGCCCGCCCUGCCAGCUGCCGAGCCCGAGGCGUCCCCGCGCCCCUCCUGCAGGCCGGCCGGCCGCCCCGCUCUGCGCCGGGGCUCCCCUGGUGCAUUGCCCCGGGCCCUGAGCCCCCGACCUCAGCCCGCCCGGCCCGCCUGCCUUCGGCCGGCUCCGGCCGCAUGAAGACUAAGUUUCGUAACGGCGGCGAAGGCCCGUGGCCUCUGGGGCAGCUGCUGAACUGCGGGAGCGCAGAGAGAAGGGGGCGCCCCCGCGCCCGGUGGGGGCCCGUGCAGCCCCGCAACAUGGAGGCCGAGGAGCUCGGGGUAGGUGAGGGAGAGGGAGGGGGAGGCCUCUCCUGUGCCCCGCCGCCGUCACUGCCCUCGCGGGCCCCGGAGCCCAGCACCCGCCUCCAGGCUUAUCGCUGGUGCCAGGAGUUCCUGCCGGGAGCCUGGAGGGCGCUGUCCGAGGCCCAGCUCCACGUGCGCGUUGUCCGGGGCGGUCUCAGCAACCAGCUCUUCCUCUGCUCCUUACCUGACUGUGUCCAGUGCGUCUCGGACGAGCCCCGCCAGGUGCUUCUGCGCCUGUACGGUGCCAUGCUGCCAACGGGGGCCUGUGAUUCAGAAGGAGCUGGGCCAGACCAGAGCAAGCAGGCCGUCCAAGGGGCUGAGACCGCGGUGCGGGAAAGUGUCAUGUCCACCAUCCUGGCCGAGAGGUCCCUGGGCCCGAAGGUCUACGGGAUCUUUCCACAAGGCCGCCUGGAGCAGUUCAUCUCCAGCCGCCCCUUACGCACCGAGGAGUUAAGUUUGCCACACAUCUCUGCAGAAAUAGCUGAGAAAAUGGCCAUGAUUCAUGGUAUGAAGAUGCCGUUCAGUAAAGAACCCAAAAGGCUUUUUGGAACCAUGGAGAAAUAUUUAAAUCAAGUUCUGAGAAUUAAAUUCACCGGAGAAUCCAGAGUUAAAAAAUUAAACAAAAUCAUCAGUUAUAAUUUGCCUUCGGAAAUGGAAAAUCUAAGGUCUUUGCUGGAAUCAACUACAUCUCCAGUGGUGUUUUGCCAUAAUGACUGCCAAGAAGGUAACAUCCUCUUGCUGGAAGGCAGGGAGAACUGGGAAAAGCAGAAGCUGAUGUUCAUUGACUUUGAAUACAGCAGCUACAAUUACAGAGGCUAUGACAUCGGCAAUCACUUCUGUGAAUGGAUGUAUGACUACACUUAUGACAAACACCCCUUUUUCAGAGCCGACAUCCUGAAGUACCCUACCAAGGAGCAACAGCUUCAUUUUAUUUCUAACUACUUGGCUGCCUUCCAAAAUGGAUUUGAAAACCUCAGCAAUGAAGAGAAGUCCAAAAUGGAGGAAGAAAUGUUGGUAGAGAUCAGCAGAUUUGCCUUGGUGUCUAAUUUCUUAGGGGGACUUUGGUCAGUCGUACAAGCCAAAAGUUCAUCUAUUGAGUUCGGGUACAUGGACUUUGCACUAGCCAGGUUUGAUGCCUAUUUCCACCAGAAGAGGGAACUAAGCUUGUGAAUCUUGGAGCCACUUGAAGCAGGGGGUCCCUGAACUGUUUGUGUGAUAAGAGCAGCUGGGCAGGAUUUCUCCUCUGUGCUCACCUCCAUUGGGAACACCAAUGUGUGGGAGACUACAGAGACUAUAUCAAAGUUGGGUGACAUUUAUUUCCUAUCUCGUUGACGAUUUCACUAGGAGUCUUUGACAUGAGACCAGGAAGCAAAGUAGGUUUCGGCAGUUGAGUCAUCAUUUACUCCUCUUUCUGGCAGGUGGGGAGCUUAUCCCCUCUACAGAUACACAUACAAGACCAAGCAGCAUUAGGGGAUGAGGCGGGGUAUUGUUUCGUGGUUAUGUAUUUUUUAAAAAUAUGCUGGUAAAGAUUGUGGCCAAGAUGUUUGGCAAUGGCCAUGCAUUGUAGACACUACUAGCUUGCAGAAGGAAACAGGAGCUGUCCACAGCGACACUGCCUGGAGGGCAUCCUGUGUGCCCCUAGGGGCACAUCCAGGACACUAGUGUCCCAACCCUUGGGUCCAAAUUACCAAUGCUCAAGAAAGCACAUCCACAUAGAGCUCACACUAUGGCUUCCUUGUGACUGGUGUACGCGCUUUAUUAUCCACACAUAUCUUACAGUAACUAGAAAGAACCCUUCCCCGAAUUGCUGGGCUGCCAGUGAAGGGGGCCAGAGUGCCUGUGGUGGGCCAGAGGGCUGGGGGCAGUGGGGAGGGUGAGUUCCCACAGCACCACCACAUGCGUCCACCAGCUGGUGAGCCUUGUGUAGCUCUCCUGCAAUGCCCCUGCCCUAUGCCUCCCCCUAGCCUCUAGACCCUCCUGUGUCGUAAGGAGGGGAAUGAUUUAAUAAGGGAGUAGUAAGAGCUGGGUCUUCUUCCUCCUGCUGCUGUUAGUGGGGUGGGGAGGGAGUCCUUGUAAAGGUGUCCUCUGUAAAGGUAGAGGUACCCCAGCUGCUUCCAGAGCCCCCACUUUUCCCUCAUGACACUCUACUAGCACCAAGAUUGGGGUGACCAGUGGACUGUGCUGAGGAAUGGGGGCCUGAGAAGAAUCUCUGUGAAAUGUCCAUAGGUAUUAACUGGCCCUUUGGGGUAAACCUUGAGCCCUUCUUUACUCUUUGAGUUCUUUGUGCAAACAUUUCUGUCACCACCCAGAUUGUACUAUGCUAAAAAUAUACGUUUUAAAAUCAGAAAAUAAAAUGCAAUGAUUUGUAUGGUUAAGAUUCUGUCAUUCACACCUUGGUAUGGAUGAAACAGAAAUUCUUUAGGGACUUAUGAGCAGUUAGAACUUUGAAUGAAAGUUCCUGUGGUGAUGGGUGACAAAACAUUUUCCCGGCUAACCAGGGGAAGUCUCUGCUAUUUAGUACCUGUUUGAUUAGUAUAACAUCCGGUAUAGAGUAAGUACUUAAUAAAUGUUUUUUGAUUGAGCAUGA